AUGAGCACCUGCCUGGAGGGCCUGAAGGAAGCCCAUGGAAGGCCAUGGCCAAAGGAGCUCAUCGCCCUGGGGCCGGAAGAAUCUGCCCAGCAGAUGGUCCUGCGGAGGAUCCAGGAACUUUCUGAUUCGGACCAGCAAGACCCCUUCAUGCUGGCUGACCUGGACAUGCUGGCCAGUCGCCAUCAGGCCUUCUGCCAAGCCCUGCCACAGGUCUCACCCUUCUAUGCAGUGAAGUGCAACAGUAGCCCUUGGGUGCUGCGUGUCCUGGCCGCCCUGGGCACCGGCUUUGACUGUGCCAGCCAGGUGGAACUGGAGCAGGUGCUGGGCCUGGGCGUGGCCCCCUCGCGCAUCAUCUAUGCCAACCCCUGCAAGCCUGCCUCCCACAUCCGGUAUGCUGCCCGGCACGGGGUGCAACUCCUGACCUUCGACAGCGAGGAGGAGCUCACAAAGGUGGCCCAGCACCAUCCUGGGGCCAGACUGCUCCUCCGGCUGAGGACCCAGGACAGCCAGAGCACCUUCCCUCUGAGUACCAAGUUCGGGGCCAGCCUGGAGGCAUGUGGGCACCUGCUAACGUCUGCCAGAGACCUGGGGUUGGCCGUGGUCGGAGCCAGCUUCCACGUGGGCUCCAACUGCCAGACACCCCAGAGCUUCACACAGGCCAUCGCUGACUGCCGGUGCGUGUUUGAAAUGGGCCGCGGGGCUGGGCAUGAUAUGAGCUGCCUGGACAUCGGAGGCGGCUUCCCUGGAACGGAGGACUCGGGGCCCAAGUUUGAGGAGAUGGCAAGAGUGAUCAGUGCUGCCCUGGCCCAGGACUUCCCUGAGGAGCGUGGUGUCAAGGUCAUCGCAGAGCCGGGCCGCUUCUAUAUGGAGUCUGUCUGCACGGCCGCUGUCAACAUCAUUGCCAAGAAGGCUGUGCUGGAGCCCGGAGGCAGCCGGAAGCUGAUGUAUUAUCUCAACGAUGGCCACUAUGGCUCCUUCCGCCUUGGCCACCGAGAGCCUGUCCCAAGGGUUCCCAUCGUGGUGAAGGAGUUCUGCUCAGAGCCGCCCCUCUUCCCCUGCACACUCUAUGGUCCCACAUGCGAUGCCUCUGACAGGCUCUUCUUGGAGGAUGUGCGGCUGCCGGAGCUUGAUGUAGGCGAUUGGUUGGUCUUCCCCUCCAUGGGCGCCUACACAUCCUCCAUGAGCUGCAGCUUCAAUGGCUUCCUGCCCGCCACCAUCUGCUACACCAUGGGCCCCCAGCUUAGGUGCCUGGGGGUUGGGGUUGAAGAGGAAGCAGGAAACCUCACACUCAUUUGA